AUGACUAGUCAGCGCAAACGGCCGAGAAAUCCAUCUCCAUGCAGACAAGCUGCAAAGUGCCCAAAAAUUAACAAAGGACAGCAGCGAUGUGGACCUUUAUCUCUUUUAAAUUUAAGCGCAAAAUGCGUGGCGGAAAGUAUUCCUUUCCAACAAGUUGAGGAACGAAGCGCACCCAUCCCUGAGCCGGUGCAGCUGAGGAUAGUUUACUGGUCAUUCCCGAGAAAUGAAAGAGACAUUUGUAUGUAUUCCUCUUUACACGCUACAAUGUCACACAGUGACGCGAAAAGGCUGCCUUUCCAAAGAGGGUUAGCUCUUCUAGAAGGAAACGCUGUCAGGGAUGUACUACAAGUCGGUAGGUGAAUUUCUGUUUUGUACCCUUAAUAACCGCAACUAAUUCCCCUGACUGGGUCGUUGUCCGUCUAUAGACCGUGGAGAAGAGAAAUUAAUUUCUUUCGCGAGUCAUUAAAAGGCUUACAAUUUUAAAAGGCAUAUAGUAAGUAAGAAUAUUAUCGUUUUGAAUAUAAAUCGACUCAGCGUUCGUGCUUAAUUUUAUGUGUUUUUUCGCCCAACUGGGCGAUAGCGCCACUCUGUCUACCACAGUUUCUAUAGAAUACUAAUGACCUACAGUAUCUGUUUACCUCCAGCGCCACAAAAAAUUCCGCCUCCAAAUUGGUUUUUAUUAUAGUCACCUUUGAUACAGAAACUUUGUAAGAAUUAUCGUCUUGAGGUUCUUUUAGAACUGCCGCGUGGUUUAAUGAACAAUUUAGAGGUUUUAAAGGAACAGGUAGACUGUACGUUGAAGACAAGGGCUUUAAGUUUUGUGAGACAAAAGUUUAGUCUCGAUAAGUGAAGUUGAAUAUUUGUAUACGUGCUAAAAAACUUUCGUUCAGUUGGUAAAUACAGUGUAACAGUACAUUAAAAAAUGAUAUAUUGUCAACCGCUUUGGCUUUCAAAGAUUUCUUCUGUUUUUAAAAAGAUUGUCGAUUUCUCGCUAAAGUUUGCGUUUCCUUGAUUCUUAAUUAAACUUGUACUGGCUUGAAAGAAAUAUGACUGGGCUUUCUUAAGCUCCAUAUCUGUGGAUUAAACCUAGCAACUUUUAUUGUUUAUAAUUUACGAACGUGGUCGGCUCUUUCCCUUUAGUUUCAGCAUUUUCUUUUUAUUUUACUCAACAAUAGCGCCUCGGAAUUUUGUCUUGAAAUCUGCAAUUAAAGCCUGCUUGGAAUCCGCAAUGAGCUUUUAAGGCUGACAAACAAAUUGUGAUCGUCGAAGGGACCAGUUUUGACAUUUCAGAUGUUUGCUAGUUUUAGUUCCCUUUCUACCUCGGAACUUCCACUAUCCCCUCAGGGACACUAUUUCUGAAUUCAAUGUGCAAAAGAUAAUUACUGUAUAAAAGUUGUGUCUUUCUAUGUUUUCCCUCUCCUCUCUUGGAAUAACAUUGUUAUAGCUACUGUUUUUGAAUAGUGACAUGAAAUCAUUUUGUGAAGUAGGCAGCUACGAUUUUUUUGGCGGUUUUUGAAAGGGACGUGGUUCAGGUGCUGUUACUACCAAGACAAAAUAAACUGCUUCAUUUUGACCUGCCGACAAAAGGAUUGUGAUAAAUUGAGCAAUCAAAUUAUUCGAUGGACGUUCUCUUAACUUUAUUCUUUCUUUACCCAGGACGGGCUGCGCGGAAACUGUUCCGUGUAAAACUUCAGUAACCGGAUUAUACCGCAUUGUGUUUCUCAUAAAUAUUACCUUAUUACCUGUUAGCUUUUUGUAUCACUUUUACGUUUCUUUCUGUCUAGACCAGGAAUAGAGCUCAAAUCCUCUCGUUUUGUUUGAUUGUAAAGAAUUUCGUUUCAUUUACAAACAAUCUAGUCACAAAUAGAGUCGCUCCCAGAAAGCGCUGUACUCAGGAUACGCCCACGUAAAAAUGUGAAGUGGAACUCGGCUUAAUCCUUUUGCCGAAGGACGCGUCAGUGAGUAAGAUAUGUGUGACUAAAAUAAGGUGGUGGCCUAAAUUAUUCCCUAAAUAGUCAAAAAUGUUGUCUGAAAACUUUUUUCCAACCCUGGCGCUACAAAAAGAAGGCCAGAUGACUAGAUUGUUUUGUUAGCUUUAGUUUCUUGCAAAAUUUUAAAUCGCUUUGAAAGACCGUUAAAUGUUCUGUAGAAACAGUUGGUUCCUUGAAAGGCGCUCAGAUGGCUGUGUCAAAAAGAUUCCUCGUCUCGCUCAGCCCAUAAGAAGCUUCACGCGUGAUAAUACAACACAUGGAAAACACUACUCAAUAGCUACGCUCUUAUCACAUUGAAUUCAAGUUAUGGCUUUUUUGGGGACCUACUAGAUUGGACGAUUGUUAAACCCACAAGCCUUGAUGACACUUUAAGUUUUAAGUUCGGCGUUAUUCCCACAGACUCAAUUAUUGGCGUUCUUCAAAAACACAUCUACCUUUUGAAUGAGUGGAAAAAAUCUUAGGAUGAGACCAUCCAAAUGAAACCAGCUUAGCGGCACAUUCGUAUAGUAACACUAGUUUUUUGGUCUUCAACAAAUGAUAUUUUUCCUCAGUAGAUUUUGCGACAGAGGCGAAAAUUGCGGUGCGAAGAUGGGUGAUUAGAGACAAAGUGAUAGCCACCUGUCGCCCCGCGGCUUUGUUAAUGAUGCGCCAAGUUUUGGGGAGAGGCUGCAAGAAAUAUGUUGCCAGAUUAAUUGCUGUGUCAUUCGUCAACAGACUAAUGGGCUAAAACGCCAAGGAAACUUCAAAACUAGACGAAUAAUAGUUGAUUUGCAUUUUUGCAAAAGAGGCUUAGCGUGAAUAAAAAGCGCGGCAGAAUGGGCUUAAAUCAUCGACUAUUAAAAAGUUCCAAAUCCUUUGACACAUCUUAAUGCAUGUUUUUCUGCAUAAAAUUUCUUUCAGGUUUUCAUCUUAGUGGCAAAGUAACAGAACAAGAGGAUACCAAAUAUGGAACACAGCAAGAGGAAUACAAUGUUUCCGUUGGAUUUGAUAGGUGCAAAAUUACCGAGGUUUCUUGCAGUUGUGGAAAUAAGGACAUUUUAUGGUGUCCCCACGUCGUGGCGCUUUCGCUUUACAGAAUUCGUAACCCGGACAAGGUGACUCUACGCGUUCCAAUAUCAGAAACGCUGCUUCAAAUGAACCGCGAACAACUUCAGAAACUCUUGCAGUAUCUUAUCACGGAGCACCACACCGACGUUUUGCCGACUGCUCAGCGAUUGGCGGAUGAAAUUUUGCUUAAGACUUCGGAGAUUAACCGCUUGCACGGAGCCCCUGAUCCUACUGCAGGCGCUAGCGCAGAUGAUGAAAGCUGUUGGCAUUUAGAUGCAGAACAAGUCAGACAACAAGUUCGGAAUUACCUCUCCCAAGGUGGCUACAGCGGCAGCGGAAAACAUCUUCUAUCCAUGUUCGCUAAGGUAAAGAAUACUAGUAAUGGUUAACCCAUAUGAUUUCAAAACGAGUAUUGAAUUUGGAAAUAAAAAAGACUAUCGGAAAUAAACAAGAAAAUAUGAAUCACUGAGCCCGAAUCAUGGGAUUCCCCUGCACAUGACAAAAGCAACUCGGUUGUUUCCAGCCUGUUUCGCCUUUUGCGUGGAUUUACCAACAUUCAAACACCAAGCGACUGGCUAUUUUAGGAAGAUUACACUCUGUCCUCAGUGAUAAAAUGCAGUCUUCUUUGAAACUUAAAUGUAUUUUUACUUCUUUUGCAGGUUCGGGAAAUGCUUCGCGUUCAUGACAACAACGGAUCUCGCAUGCUUAGGCUCAUAACUGAACAAUUUCUAGCGGACCCAAGGCUCCAAAUAUGGAAAGAACAAGGUACCUCGAUGAACGACAAAUGCAGGCAGCUCUGGGACCAACUGGGAGCAUUAUGGGUUUGCGUAGUUUUGAACCCAGACAGUAGUCGUGCGGAUAAGGCUGCGUGGAAAGCUCAGCUAAAAACCUGGAGCCAACAAGAAGUUUGCCCGUUGGAGAACCCGAACGUUCAAAACGCUGAAGAGAGUGACGAAAUGUCAGACGAAACGUGCCCGCGCCGUACCGUGUUUUACAGAGCCGUGCAAGCGUGUGAUUUGGACUGGGACAAUAGCAAUUUGAAAGCCAUCAUUGGGCGCGGUGAAAAGGAGAAAGUUAACAAGAAUCUUACUUGGAAAGGUAAAGAUAUUAUUUUCACCCUCAGGAGCGGCCAAAGUCGGACUAUCAAUAGAGAGCUUUAGAUUCUGGCACGAGGAAGACUAGGAGUACGAGAUUUUCUUAAGAGUGCGCGCAAGAGUGAACCAGCGUCAUUUUUGGCGUGAUAAGUGUUUUGACUAAUAAUAUGACGGUUACUGUCGCUUUUACCAACGUGGAGAGGUUUUAAGUAAAGUGUUCACUACGUCCUACGUUUUUAGGUCAAUUUAAACACUCCUGCCACUUCUCAGUCAAUCCGAUCUAGCUAAAUAUUUCCUGGUUGAGUAAUCAUCGGUAUUCUUAUUGAAUGGUGUAGAGUAUGGUGUCAUUGGCCAGUUUGAUUACUCUGGUAUUAGGUCACUAAAUGAAAGUGCUUUUUCGGGGCUUCUCUGAUUUGAAUGGUCAGAAUCCAUUUGUCAAGAGAGUAAUGAAGUGUAAAUUUUGUUUUAACAGAGGAUGUGCCCAUGGCCGCUGCUCGAGUAGAUGCCUUGCGGGCUCAUGGCUAUCCCCAAGAAGCCUUACAAUUGGCAGUUGCAGUAGCACGAGGUCUGAAAGAAGAGCAGUUGGAAAGAGUCCAAGAAAUGGAAACCUUGAUGGAAAGUUUCAGUGAAGAGGAAAUAGAACAUAAACAUUGCGACGAAAGCUCGGAAAUAGACGAGUUUAUUGAGGGCUGGAUCGGGCACCAGCUUGAUCCCAUUGUCGUGUUGUACGAUACUCUUGUAGAGGAAGUGAUCGGGCCACAAGAGAGCGAUGACGGGCCGAAAGGCGACGCAGAAACUCUCCCCGAAGUGAGAUCUAGCUCGGAAAUUGAUCUGUCGGAAUACAGCACCGGAAAAGAAAAUUAUUUGACUUUAGCUCUUGAAGUCGCGCUUAUGGGACUUGGGCAGCAGCGAACAAUCCCCAUGGGGUUCUAUGCUCAAGACAAAGCCUGCCGGCAGGAAGAACACUUAAUCGCACAGCUUAAUCUUUUGAACUUUGACGACAAAAUUCUUUACCCUGUACUCAAAUCUCAAACUGAACUUCUCUUAAAGAGCGGGCCAUUUAGUGGACUGGGACUCGGCGUGCAUUCGAACAGCGUUCCCAUGCACACCUUCGCGCGCUUCCUAUUCAGCAAAUUCGUACACAAGGACCUUGACCUCGCUUUCAAGCUUGGCCUUCGUGCCAUGCGUUUCUUGGCUUUAAGUCAUUUCUCAGGCGACACGGCGGAUGAGGAAAUACCCCUGGUGGGGCCUUCUAGAGUCACACGAUUGUACACUUUAGGACAUUUACAAUCACAGCAAUGUGAGCUGGCAUCACGCCUUCUCAAUGCUGCCAAAGAUUCCGCUGACCGUCUCUCCUCGGUUCUUCAAGCAACUCAGCGGCAUAUACACUCAGCACCACAGCUAUUCCGUCUCGCGCAGGACGCGUUCAAACUAUCCAACGUUCAGUCGUCUGAGACACCUGACUUUGACAUGCUUCAUGUUGCUAUGGAGCUUGGGCUCUUAGUGUUGCGCAUGACAUUAAACACGUCAAACUGGCGACGUCGAGAGAUGGUGCAAUGGCUGAUAGAAUGCGCCAUCGAAGCUGGGACAUCUGCUCUCAGUCAAAUCAUGAAGAACUGGAGCUCACUAUUUACCCCAACAGAAGCGACGUCUAUGGUGGCUACGACCGUCAUGGCGCCCGCCACGGCGGCCCGCCUUCAGCUAACAGUUGUUGAGAAAGAAGCCCUUCUGUGUUGUGCACGAGCACUCGCCCUACAGUGCGCCAGUCGAGAACCUCAAAAGUGUUGUCUUUCCACACUGAGCCUCUGUGAGAAGAACCCUGCAGCCUUCGAGGCAGCCUACAGGCUCGUUGUAGAGUCUGCAGCUGUCAUUCCGCCAACCCAACUCUUCGCUAUUGCUCGUUACAUGGAUUACCGUGGCUACCCCCAAAGGGCGUUUAAACUUGCAACACUGGCCAUGAAGCAUUUCACCCUCGCUUACAAUCAAGACAGUCAUCCUUCCAUUGGAGACAUCCACUGGGCGUGCGCUCUGUCCCAGGCCUUGGGCUUUAAUGAACUCAUGCAGAUCAUUCCGCUGAUCAUCAAAGCAGUACAUUGCCCGACAGUGCUGUCAGAUCUACUCUUCAGGUGUACCUUUGUGAAAGCAACCACUGACGAGUCUCAUAAUAGUCAAUUCUUUAUGACGGACAACUGCGGGCUCAGAUGUGAUGAAGAACCGCUGAGGCAGCUUCUGGAGGCAACAAUUAGCGCUUAUGUGAACACAACGCAUAGCAGGCUGAAUCAUAUCAGUCCCAAGCAUUACAUGGAUUUCGUGUCUUUCUUAUCGAAAGCACAUGAGACAUUCCUGUUAGCCUCCGACGGCGGUAGUCGUUUCCGAGCGCUAAUCAACAACAUGAAAGUCUUGUACAAAGGAAAGAAAAAACUUAUGCAGUUAGUGAAAGAGACAUUUGGAUAAAACUCUUUAGGAAUCAAUUUGAAAUAUGAAAUAAUUAUUUAUAAAAAUGAACGUUCGCAAUCGAACCAGAGAUAUAUUAAAGAUUAUUACAUUGUAAACAAGAUAAGGCGAUUACAAAUUGUAUAUUUACUUGUGUGAAUUUAUUAACAAACCUAGGUUACGUCCGCGUUUCAAUUCGCCUCUAAACUUGAAAUUAGAAAAUUCUUGCCUUGGAGCGCUGCUUAACGUUUUAGUUAAUCAGUUUUUCUUUUCGAGUGGUUUAAAUUAAAGACGCUUUUCAACGAUGG